CAGUUAAUCCCAGAUCCAGUCAAGUUGACACCCAGGAUUAGUCAUCACGUGACCUCACAAGAAGCCAUUGUGAGGCAAGAAUGAAGACCAUGUAUAUAAGGGUAGCACUGGACUGGAGUCUUGUCCCUACCAAGCAGGAAGCUGUAUGUUGUGACCUGCGGGACCAAUCAUUUGGUAAUUUCACUUCUUGUUGUUGUGUUUGGGGAUUCUCCACGCCCUCUAGCACAGCAUGGAACCAAGAUCACCUAGCUUCAUAGAGAGCUCAUCCAUAAAUUCAAAGCUGAAGAGCCAGUAUGCGGUGUCAUUUCCCCUUGGCCAGGGCACUUCUGGCUCUGUGAGGCUGGCAUUUCACCACCUCACAGGCACCCCGGUGGCCAUCAAAAUCUUGCCAAACACUGAGAAAAAUCUUCGACCGAUUUUAUGUGAGAUGGAAUUGUUGAAGACCUUAAAUCAUCCACACAUAAUCCGGCUAUUUCAGACAGUCAGUACAUCUGACUAUUUUUAUUUCGUAACGGAAUAUGUCCGGGGAAGAAACUUAAUGCAGCACAUCCAAGAGGACGGCUGGCUGGCUGAAGAAAAGACAAAAAAAAUAUUUGGACAAAUAGUGGGGGCUAUAAAAUACUGUCACGACCGGGGAAUUAUGCAUCGAGACCUGAAGCCACAGAAUAUUGUCAUCGAUGAACAAGGCAAUGCCAAGGUUAUUGGCUUCGGGCUGGGGAUAAAGUGCAAAGCAGGGACCAAACUGUACAGGCGAUACGGCACGUACAGUUACAACGCGCCAGAACUCUUUCUGGGGGAAGGCUAUGAUGGGAAAAAGACUGACGUCUGGAGUCUAGGGGUGAUUCUCUAUUUCAUGACCACCGGGCAUCUACCCUUUGUAGGGAACACCCUGGAAGAGCUGCAGGCCAACAUCCUCACAGGUGCCUACAAAGUUCCAAGCCAUGUCUCUACGCAGCUAGAAAACCUGAUACACCAACUACUGACAGUUAUUCCAGGGAAGAGACCCACACUUAAAGACAUCCAGAAGCACCCAUGGGUCAUCACACGUGAGGAAUACCCCAAAAGCAUCCUGAAACCUGAGACUGGCCUAGACCCCAUCAUCUUAGGAGUGCUCAGAUAUCAUGGUUAUGACCCACACCAAGUGCGUAAGUCCAUGAAGAAUAAGAACUUUGAUGAUCACAUGGCGGCAUACCUACUCUUGAAGGAGCAGGCUCGCCUGGGUCUCGGGAUUGGCUAUGGCAUCCCAGUAAAGCCUGUUGACCCUGGCCCUGCGCCUCCCCCAUCGCCUGCAAAUCCCUUCAUCUUUUUUGCUCCCAUCAGAAGAACAAAAAGCCACCCUGCCUGUGGCCUCUCCCCUGCCCUCCCCUCACACAAGGACCUGCCCACCGAUCCAAAACCAUCAGGGCAGAAUGUGGGCAGAUGUGCCUCCCUGCCUCUUGUUGCCCUUUGCGGCCCCGGGAGUGAGAAUUAUGCCUUCACAUGUGAACCUGAGGCUGCCCACUCAGAGGAAAACACUCUUAAGAACAGGAGCAUUUGGAAAAGACUGAGGGACCAAAUCAGGGCAUGUAUUAGAACAUGCUGUUGCUGCCUUCCGGCCACACCUAAUCGGAAAAGGUUCAACAAGAUCUCUCCUUUAUAUGCCACUGGAAGGAGAGCCAGUUAGCAAAACAAUUAAACUGUUAGUCAGAGCAUGCUGAGAUCCAUGAGUCAUGAGAGCCUAGUGUGUGGCACUGACCAUGUCUGGAUGCUAAGACCAGCAGGCAAGGGCAGACAUGAUAUCCAGUUGCCAUAUGACCUGCAGACCAGUCCCUAGGAUUCCAUCUUCCACUCAAGAC